ACUCAAAUUUAUAUCAUCAAAACACAAACAGUUUUAUAUUCUUCUCUAAAGCAAUCAAAAUGUCUUAUUCUUCUAAGCUCUCAAUGGUGGUGCUUCUUUCUUUAUUCAUAACUUGUGUCAUGGCCAUGGCUGCCUCGGCUGGCAAUUUCUAUCAAGAUUUUGACGUUACAUUCGGCGACGGACGUGCCAAGAUACUCAACGGAGGACAACUCCUCACUCUUAACCUUGAUCAGACAUCCGGCUCCGGUUUCAAGUCCAAGAACGAGUACUUAUUUGGAAGGAUUGACAUGCAGAUCAAGCUCGUCUCAGGCAACUCAGCGGGAACUGUCACUGCCUACUAUUUAUCUUCUGAAGGUCCUACUCAUGACGAAAUCGACUUUGAGUUGGGAAACCUAUCUGGGGAUCCCUACACUCUCCAUACCAAUGUGUUCAGCCAAGGAAAAGGAAACAGAGAACAACAAUUCCAUCUUUGGUUUGAUCCCACAAAGGCCUUCCACACCUACUCCAUUGUUUGGAACGCGCAACGUAUUAUAUUUUUGGUGGAUAAAAUUCCAAUUAGAGUGUUCAACAACUUGGAAUCAGUUGGUGUCCCAUUCCCUAAAAGCCAGCCCAUGAGGAUUUACUCAAGCCUGUGGAAUGCAGAUGACUGGGCAACAAGAGGUGGCCUUGUCAAGACUGAUUGGACUCAAGCUCCUUUCACCGCCUCUUACAGAAACUUCAAGGCCGAUGCUUGUACUGCUGGCUCAUCAUCCUCCUGUGCCUCCACUGCAUCUACCAGUUCAGUAGGGGACAGUGCAUGGCAGACUCAAGGGCUCGAUGCAGCCGGCCGUAACCGGCUUCGAUGGGUGCAACAGAAGUUCAUGGUCUACAACUACUGCAGUGACCUUAAACGCUUCCCGCAAGGCCUCCCAGCUGAAUGCAGAAGAUCAAGGUUCUAAAGAUCCAAAUAUCUUGCCACAGAUCAUCACAUAUUCCCCUCUCUGAUGUGCAGCAUUCACUUGUGUAAUUAGCUUCAAUUUAUGAUACAUUCUUUCUUCCUUCUGCAAAUAAAGAUUGUCUAAUGUGACAUUAUUUUCGCAUGUUUUUUUUUUUGGAAAAAUUAGUAUCCGGUCCCUAGUUCUUAUUGUUCA